AAUGCAUGAGGCUUAAGUUAGAAUUUUCACAGUAAUGCAAACGGAAAACGCGAUUAGGUUGAAUACUUUCGGGAGAGAUCUCUAUUUUACUAUCAUUAGAGGAGGAGCUUGAAAUUAAAGGCUCUUGAAGAACCAAGCUUAAAGACUCAGUAUUCUCGUAGAAAAACAAUUCAAGUGCUUUGCUUUGAAGCAACAUUGAAGAUACCAGAGAGAGGAACAAAAACUUGUAUAAAUACCCGUCUCCUAUCUCACCCCAUCAACAGCAAAAGAUGGCCACCGUCUCUUCUAAGCUCUCCCUCUUCUCCUUCUCCCUCCUCUCUCUCAUUGUUUGUUCUGCCCUCGCAAGAGAUUUUUCAAUCGUGGGCUAUUCGCCUGACGAUUUGAAAUCAGAAGAUUGGCUCAUUCAGCUCUUUGAAUCAUGGUCGUCAAAACACAGCAAGAGAUAUGCAAGCAUAGAAGAGAAGCUUCAGAGAUUCGAGGUCUUCAAGGACAAUCUCAAGCAUAUUGAUGAGACGAACAAGAAGAUAAGUAGCUAUUGGCUUGGAUUGAAUGAAUUUGCUGACUUGAGUCAUGAAGAGUUCAAGGAGAAGUAUCUUGGACUAAAGCCUGACUUGUCAAAGAGGAGAGAAGCUUCUAAGUGUCAUGAAACUUUCAGGUAUAGGAAUGCAGCUGACAUACCAAAGUCAGUGGAUUGGAGAAAGAAAGGGGCCGUUACUCAUGUGAAGGACCAAGGCGCCUGUGGCAGUUGCUGGGCAUUUUCAACUGUUGCUGCUGUGGAGGGCAUCAACCAGAUUGUAACUGGGAACCUGACCUCCCUCUCGGAGCAAGAGCUGAUCGACUGUGAUAGACCCUACAACAAUGGCUGCAAUGGAGGACUCAUGGACUAUGCUUUCUCCUUCAUUGUCUCCAACGGUGGUCUCCACACCGAAGACGACUAUCCAUAUCUCAUGGAGGAAAGCACAUGCGAGGAGAAGAAGGGAGAACUGGAAGUAGUAACAAUUAGCGGUUAUGAAGAUGUGCCUGAGAACAACGAACAGAGCCUGUUGAAAGCACUUGCUCACCAACCUUUGAGUGUUGCCAUUGAGGCUUCCGGUAGAAACUUCCAAUUCUACAGUGGGGGGGUUUUUGACGGGCAUUGUGGAAGUGAACUUGACCAUGGAGUGACCGCUGUUGGAUAUGGAUCAUCCAAGGGUGUGGAUUACAUCAUCGUAAAGAACUCGUGGGGACCAAAAUGGGGAGAGAAGGGGUAUGUAAGGAUGAAAAGAAGCAUAGGAAUACCUGAAGGGCUCUGCGGAAUUAACAAAAUGGCUUCUUAUCCCAUCAAAAAGAAGUGAUGAACAAUGCAACAGAUUCUUCCUAGUAAUCUCACUCAUGUGUUGUUUCCUUCUGCAUUCU